AUGCCCGACUUCGAAGCGAAGGCCGGCGAUGCGCCCAAGGACUGGCGCGAGGAAACCAACCAGCUCCCGUCCUUCUACUCUCCACGGACAAAAGGUCUCGACCGUCCCGCCGACAAUGGCUCAGGAGAGGCCGCCGCAGCCGAAGAGGCUCCUGAAUUAAGCCUGGCCGACCCCGCCGUCCCCGCGAGAUCCGAAGACGACGCCGUCUCGACGAACACCAACACCGCACCGCCUCCGCCGUCCCUGCUCUCGCCUGCCUUUACGCCUCCCGCGACACCCGGCACAGCGACCCCUCUCACCGGCGCCGAGGCUCCCCGUGGCGUGCCUGUCGACUCCUCCAUCCCGUCCGGCGGCUGCGGCACUAAGCGGCCCCGCCUCCUCGAGACCCUGCCCGAGGUGCAGUGCAUCGUACGAGCACGUAUCCCUACCGUCACCGGCACCGAGAUGUUCUUGCAUCUGUACACAAACAACGUCGAUAACAAGGAGCACUUGGCCAUUGUCUUUGGCCCGCAUAUCCGGAGCAAGUCGUUGGAUGCGCCCCGACCCGGGGAGACCGAGAUGGAUCGCAUGGUGCGCGGUGCCUACACGGGGCGUCUGUUUCCCGGCCGGACAACUAGUGGUAUGCCCGGCGGUGUGGCCACACCUGUGGGCGAAGAGCCACCUGCGCAGCGCGGCCCGGCGCUCGUGCGCAUUCACUCCGAGUGCUACACUGGCGAGACGGCAUGGUCUGCGCGGUGCGAUUGUGGCGAGCAGCUUGACGAGGCGGCUAGGCUGAUGAGCAUGCCGGGCAACACCAGCGGAGGCAUCAUUAUUUACUUGCGCCAGGAGGGCCGCGGUAUCGGUCUUGGCGAGAAGUUGAAGGCGUACAACCUGCAGGAUCUGGGCUCCGACACUGUCGAGGCCAACCUGUUGCUUCGCCACCCGGCUGAUGCCCGCAGUUACGGACUUGCGACUGCUAUGUUGUUGGACCUGGACCAGCACGAGGUUCGCUUGUUGACCAACAACCCUGAUAAGAUUCGGGCGGUGGAGGGCCCGAACCGUGAGGUUAGGGUGAUUGAGCGUGUGGCGAUGGUGCCUUUGUCAUGGAAGGGCAGAGGAGGGUUCAGGAGCAACGAGGUCGAGGGCUACCUCAAGACAAAGAUCGAGAAAAUGGGACACAUGCUUGAUAUGGGGGGUAUGCCUUCAUGA